AGAUCUAUGGCAGGUAGUCGACCACCCACCACAGGUUGGGUGUCUCGUGCUCUCCUUCUCCCUCUCUCUUUGUAGCAUCCGGAAGAUAACUACCCUUACACCUCUCGAAGCACUUAACGAGCGUCAUACGCCUGCAUCUGGGCCAUCCCAUACUACUCUUUGAAGGCCUUUAGUCUCCCCUAUCCCUCGUCCUCCCGCACGUCUCGUAACUUGAUCAACAUGGCUUCGAUUGCUGUUCGAGAGGGUAGCGCCUCUACAGCAGGAAGCGAAGAAAACUCCUUGAACCGAAUGAAGACACCCACCUUGAAUGAGAAGCGUGGCGAAGCGCAACAGCCUUCCAAUGGCCCCGUUGCUAGGCAAGAUGUGGCACCCAGUUACUUGGACCGGGAAGGACAGGUCCAGGAGAAUGAGGUGGACCCCGUCUUCGGAGACGAGGCCGGGGCAGAGAUACAUUACAUAACAUGCGAGUGGUGGCAUACUGGAAUUCUCAUGAUCGCGGAAACGAUAUCCCUAGGCGUCCUCGCUCUUCCCCAAGCCAUCGCUAUCCUCGGCAUCGUUCCUGGCCUGCUCCUCAUCUUCCUCCUCGGUCUCAUCGCAACCUACACAGGGUACCUCAUCGGCCAAUUCAAGCUUGCGUACCCAGGCAUGCAGUCCUUCGCCGACUGUGGGGAAUUGAUCGCCGGGCCGAUCGGACGCGAAGUCAUGGCUUUUGGCCAAGUUCUAAUCAUCCUCUUCAUCAUGGCGGCACACAUACUCAGCUUCGCGAUUGCCAUGAAUGCGAUGACGGAGCAUAGUCAGUGCACUGUUGUCUUCUCCGCAAUUGGACUUCUGAUAUCGUUUGUGUUGGGGCUGCCGCGGACGUUGAAGGGGGUUUCGUACUUGUCUAUAUUUUCAUGCAUCUCCGUCAUCGUAGCGGUCACGGUCGCCAUGGCUGCCAUCGCCAUCGAAAAGCCCGACAUCGGCCACGUCCUCGCCGUCCGUCCUAAUAUCCCUCUGGUCAAAGGCUUGGGACCCGUCAUGAACAUCAUCCUCGCAUACACUGGCCACGUAGCCUACUUUACCUUCCUCGCCGAGCUGAAGAACCCGCGCGAAUUUCCGAAAGCCCUCGCGUUCCAGCAAAUCCUCGCGGUCUCCUUUUACAUGCUCAUCUCUGCGAUUAUAUACUACUAUGCGGGCCCACUUGUCUCUUCUCCCGCGCUUGGUUCCGCAUCCCCAACCGUCCGCAAAGCCGCGUUCGGCAUCGCGCUUCCCACGAUUCUCGUAGCGGGCGUCGUCAAUGGCAGCGUGGCCUGCAAAUACGUAUAUCUCCGGGUGUGGAGCGGGACUGAUGUUGUACACCAGAAGAACUUCAAGAGUAUAGGGAGUUGGGUGGGGAUAUGCGCCGUACUGUGGGUGGUGAGCUGGGUGAUCGCGGAAGCUGUCCCAAAUUUUAAUCUGCUGCUUGGACUGAUCGCUGCGCUCUUUUGUUCAUGGUUUACAUAUGGACUUCCUCCGGUGCUUUGGCUAUACCUAUACAAGGGUAGGUGGUUCGAGACGAAGCGGAAGGCUGCUCUUGCGGUGCUUAACUUCGCAAUUUUCUUCAUGGGUGCUGCUAUUUGCAUUUUGGGCAUGUGGUCCUCUAGUUGGGAGCUUGCGCAUGGUGCGGCAGGGAAGCCGUUCUCAUGUGCCGAUAACUGGAAGCCAUCGAUUGAUCUGUGAGUUGUAUCUCGAACGAAUGGUCGGGAAGUGACUUCAUCAUCUGGAAGUAAGGCUAGGGUGGC